AUGUCAAUUGACAAGAUUGCCCCAGUCAAAGCCCUUGGGGUCGCAACAGCGACGCUCGCCGGUGCAUGGGCGAUUGCAGCAGCCUACAGACACCAACGUCGGUUGCCCUUGCCUCCUGGUCCACCGGAAAAGUCUUGGAUGGCCGGUAGCGCUGAUGACAUCCCAACGUUGUUCAAGUGGAUCAAAUUCACAGAGCGAUAUAAUACACUCGAUUUAUUCGAAACGCGGGGUCAAAUUUAUUCGGAUAGGCCUGUCCGAUCGAUGCCUUUUCUAAUGGGCUGGAGAGAUAUUGCUUCUUUCCGAGACAAUGACUCUCAUUUUAAGACCUUCAGGCGCCAUACAAGCAUCGGAUUUAGCAAGAAAGCUGUCGCCGAUUAUCAUGAUAGCCUGACGAAAGAAGUCCAUAUACUCCUGCAGCGACUGCUUCGUAAAUCCAGUGAUCUAAAUUUGGAGCUGAAUCGUUUUGCGGCAAGCUUUAUUAUGAAAGUAACCUAUGGGUAUUCAAUUAUUGGUAGCAAUGAUCCUUACAUUUUAGCAUCGGAUGAGGCCUUCCGUUCGUUGAUUCCUGCCGUGACGGAGAGCUAUCUCGUAGAUAGCUAUCCAAUUAUACAAUACCUGCCUUCGUGGCUACCCGGUAUGGGGUUCAAGAGGAUGGCACAAGAAGCACGCAAGUACCCAACAAAAAUGGCAAGGGAACCUUUUGAGUGGACCAAAGAACAGAUACAUCGAGGGAAUGCGGCCCCUUCGCUAGUACGUCGACUUCUAGAGGAAAAUGAAGAUGGAGAGAUAGGCGAAGAGGCCAUCAUGUGGACUGCGGGUUCAAUGUAUGCUGGUGGGGCACACACCACCGUUACUGCCAUGAAUAAUUUCAUUGCGGCUAUGAUGCUCCACCCCAAUAUCGCAAGUAAAGCUCGCGAAGAAAUUGAUAGGGUUAUCGGAACGGAGAGACUCCCAGCAAUAUCCGACCGAGUGGACCUACCCUAUUUGGAAUGCGUGCUAUCAGAAACACUUAGAUGGCAACCUCCUGCGUCCAUGGAGGUAUCUCAUCGCGCGAGGCAGGAGGAUGAAUAUCGAGGGUACCGAAUUCCGGCAAACAGUACCAUCAAGUACAAUAUGUAUGCGAUUACCCGUGACGAACGCAUGUUUCCCGACGCAGAGAACUUCAUUCCGGAGAGGUUCGACAAGUCCAAUCUGGGACCCAAGCCUCUAGAACCCCGCGACUUUUUGUUUGGAGUGGGUAGACGUGUCUGUCCUGGCCAAUUCGUCGUAGAUGCAUCACUCUUCUUGCUUAUGGCCAACAUAAUUGCGACUAUGGAUAUCAGAAAACCCCGCGACGAUAAUGGAAAUGAAUUUGAGCCAGAGAUCAAGAGGUCAGGGUAUCCCAUCAAUCAAGUUCUUCCAUUCAAACAUUCAAUAACUCCCCGCUCCGAGCAAGCUGUCAAAUUGAUCAAUUCUAUUGUUAUGUUCGGAGAAGAAUAA